CUACUAUAUAACAAAUAAUUUGAGCCAUGUCGAGUGUACCUGGUUAUAACCCGCUAGGAGUAGGUGGAAACCUGGUGUCCUACCCCUCCACUAACCUGGUGUCCUACCCCUCCACUUACCAGGGGGUCAAGGGUUACAGUUCAGCUAGUCCUGCAGUGCCACAGGGGAAUGUCACAUUCCGGGCUCAACCUGGAGCAAGUGACAAGAAAAGAAACAAAGGUAGUGGUAGAAACCUUCCCAAGACUCUAAGAGUGUUUACGUGCGCUGACAAGCACCCAAUACAAGCUCUCAAAGAACUAAGAGCAGAUGCUCAGUUUGAAGUGAUGUGUACCUACCAGACAAACACGGGAGCUGCUAUAGUAGUGAAUACUACCAUUGAUAAAGUAGUCUACCAGGGAGAGGGGGUAUCUGGGCAGAUUGCCAGAACUAUUGCUGCUCACAAGGCUCUCAUGGGCAUGAACGCAGCGGAUCACAGCAUGUUGAAGCAAGUAGUUGAUUAUGAGGAACAAAAGAAACUUGUGAUGGAACGUAUCAGUAUUUGGCAGGAAAUGCAGGCGAAGAAAGAAGAAAAGAGACUAGAGCACGAGAAGUUAGAGUCGGAAGCCGUGCAGAAGAAAGCAGACAGGAAGCUAAAUGCGGAAGAGAACAAGACGACCAAAGAAAAUGAACCAAAACAGGCUAACAAGAAGAAGAAGAAGAAUAACGGUACUUCCUCCGCGGUGGAAGGAGCAAUGUUUCUUGAUUACGGUCACCUCAUUCAGAAAUACGGACCAGAUGUGUCCGAGACGACCACGCAGUUGGAGGAGAAAACAGAUGCGGGUUGGUUCCAGUUUAAUUGCGUACUAACUGUGCAAGGGUUUAGUUUCGAGAGCACGUGUACCAGCAAGAAAGGAGCAAGAAAUAAGGCUGUAGAUUUAGCUCAUGCAGAGUUCACUGUUCACCCUCCCCCAGUGGUGAACGAGAAAAAGAGGAAAUUACCUAAUAAUAAACGUUCUGCUGAAGGCGAAGAACCGAUUGAACCAGUAGAAUUCCAAGAUAAACUAGCUGAAAAAUGUUGGAAGUUUGUCUCGGAGCAGACGGAGGCAAUCAUUCCUGCCCUGAAAACUCGGAGGAACCUGGUGGUUGUUGUGAAGGUUGAAGGGAAAGAUGAGCUAGAGAGCUGUGAAAUCGUUUCAUUUGGUAGUGGAACUCUGCUGAUAAAGAAAGAGAACAUGACAUGUGACGGAACUGUUAUAAACGACAGCACAGGAGAGAGUCUCGCACUCAGAGCAUUCAGAAGAUACCUGCUGGACCAAGUAGAAAUGUGCCUGACCGGGAAAACGUCCAUUUACACCAAGGAUAGGACUGGUGGAAAAUGUUCUCUGAAGAAAGCUGUAAAGUUCUACCUGUACACAAACAGCUGUCCUAUGGGGGACUGUAGAGCUGUAAAUACACAGCCGCUCACUGAACAGAUGGAGACUGACACUGAACAGAGCACUGAGCCUACCUCUGAAGUGAAUCCUGAACCCAUGGAAACGGGGGACUCCUCCGCAAAGCCUCUGAAAACCAAGAACUGGGUGCCAAGGAAGAAGUGUGAGUUGGAGAAUUUGGGGAAGAUAACAUUCUUCCUGGCGAACUCUGAGUUCGGGUCCAGUGAGACGACUGCGCUGUACUCCGAGGAGAAGAGCCAUUGUGUUGUGUCUCCUAGUGAUAAGUUAGCAGUACGACAAGUUAGUGGAGUUCAAGGCUCUAUCCUCUUCUCCGUCUCCAACCCUGUCUACAUCAGUCACUACUUUAUCAACAGGUCCUUUAACGAACUUGCUAUUUCUCGAGCUCUCAAUCUCAGGGUCAAAGGAGCAAAGAUCCCCUCCGGUAAAGACGCUCCGGUGCAGCCGCAGUUCACGAAAGUAGCCUGGAAAGCUACGCGGAUAGCUGAAAAAAGGACAAAGUGGGGCCUAAUCUGGGCUAAGAACCACGAGGUGGAGAUAUUAUACACUCCUCAAGGCAAACAGUUUCACAAAGACAAACAAGAAGAGACGGCACUGCAAGGUGACCUGACCCAGUACCUGGCUCCUUCUGAAUACUGUACCAAGGCUCUCUUCACAGCUUAUGUUAACGUCUGCAAGAAAACAAAGAAGGCUUACCCUCAGAAAUACAGUGUAGCAAAGAGCGCUAACACGAGAUACAGACAAGUAAAAACAAGUGUGCUGAGUCACCUGAAGGACAGUGGGUUUGGUGACUGGUCUGUUAACCCUUGUAAACCUGACUACUGAGCUAAUAAUUACUGCAGUGUGGUUUAUUUAUCGAACACUAACUUUAGUAAAGUAUGUUCGACCUUAAACAAGUCGAAAAGAACUCUUAAUAUGCCUUACUUUUCUGAUAUUUAUUGGUCUACCGUGCAUGGAAUGUUAUACAAACAUUUCAAUUUGUGCGGUUGUUGGUAUUAAGGUGUCCCUCUGUUUUAUCUUCUUGUUAAUUUCAGCUUCAAUUACAUCAUUUUAUUGACACGAAUUGCUUUUGGUAUGUGUCGGCAUCUAUUCCAAAGCUAUUUUGUCACUGUUAAAUUCGUUAUUUUUAUUUAAAGAUUUAAACUUAUUUUAUCAAAAUGAA